AUUCUUGUCUUUUUCUUUGUUCAAGUUCAACCCUUUUAAAGUAAUUUAAAUAAACAGACAGGCCAGUAUGAAGUAAGACAUUGAACCGUAUGUGUGUAUGUACACUAUUUAUAUAUCGAGAUCGCUGGAUCAACAAUUUUUGAAUUUUCUUUGAAGAUGAAUUUAUGCCGUGAUAUAUAAAGUUAUUAUGAAGUCAUUUGCCGCGGGAAAUCAUUGAAAAAGGGUUUUCCAUUGUGGCUGUUACAAAAAGGUGAAUUUCCCUAUAAAGGCAGGCGUGAUCGACAUCGGCUCAUCAAUAAACCGGCACUCCGCCCUCCGAUUUAUUCUCGCAAUAAGUCGUGUGUAGCAUUAAAAAAAACAACGAUUCUCACUGGUCUCUACAAUUUCUGUUAUCAAAAACGGCAAAUGUUUUCUAUGCUGAGUGGAUAAAAACAGUGACGUUUAUUUUGGGCAAGGGGUUUUCAUAGACCAUAUAUGAAUAACAGAAGCAUGAAGACGCCAAAGAAACCCCAGAUUACAAUUGAGCGAUCUGCAAGUUUGAAAAAUUAUGCUUACAGAAGACCAGAUGCAAAUACAGAGGAAUUCGUGCGGUUAAUAACACAAUAUCAGACGGAACGACAACCGACCAAUUUACGGCUUCAGCGAAAAGCGCCUUUGCCGGAGAUCGGAACCUCCGCGCUUCGUGAUUCUGGUUUUUUGGAUAAAAACAGUGAUACAAGUGACUAUGACGAUACGACUCUGGAUAACGAGGUAGCAUCUGUGUGCAGUAACAAGUCCAAAAACUCUAGAAAAGACCUCCACAUCCACGACGUCCUCACAUUAACCAGGGAACAAACUCGGGAUAAUUUAUUGAACAAAUCUUUAUCCAACGGACUAGCUGAUCAUCUAAACGGAAAUGUGCUUUUCUGUCGACAGGUCACAGACGUUCGCAAAAGGGUUGGGAGUUUGAAUGUGAAUCAUCACUCAAAGGCCACCCGUCCCGGAAAGCAGCUUCCCCCCAUUGAACAAACCAAUUUCCUCGACCGCCCCACGGCACCCUCUCCUUCCCGUACACCCCCGUUUUCUAACUCUGAGGACAGCUUCAUUGAAGAGGAACCCGUGGAUUACAUAGAUCCCUCGUAAAAUAUAUCUAUGGCCGUUGUGAAGUAUAAAUGUACACGUUUCUGAUUCAAAAUACAAACGUUUCGUGUGACUGUGAGUAUGAAAUCUUCUGUGAUAUCAACCGGUUGUUUUUUAUUAUAAUAUAUGUAAUAGGUGCUGAACAUUCCUAGAUAUCUGUGAUGAUAAUUUAGUUACUUUUUCCGUAAUUUGUAGAAUGUACUUUUGUUUAGGAUAGAAUAUUUUAUUGAAUGUUUUCCUAAACCUUCAGGAAAAGUAAAAUAGACAAAACAUAUCCAGCUUAAUGUGUACAUGUAUACAGAUUUCAUUUCAGUUUCAUAUAUAUGUACUCUUUGUGUUGCAUGGACACUUUUGCAGUCCUUAGAAAAACAUUCGUUGAUACGUUUUUAAUUUUUCACUUAUAAACCAUGUUCUCAGGGAGAUUGACAAGUUUCUUUAUGUCUUAAUGAUUUAUUUACGAAUUAAAAAUAUACAUCUACAAAUAAAAAAAAGAAAGACUCGA